AUGAAGCACAUGGUGGCGCCCACCACCAGAUCCGGCGAGGAUGAGCUCGAUCCGUUGUUGUCAGUUGCUUGCCUAUCUCUUGCUGCCAAGAUGGAGGAGACUGUGGUCCCUCUUCUUGUGGACCUUCAGGUCUGCGAUGUGAAAUUUGAGUUUGAAGGAAAUACUAUUGGGCGGAUGGAGGGUCUUGUGAUGAAAACCCUGAAAUGGAGAAUGCAGGCUGUGACCCCGUUCACUUUCAUCAGCUACUUCCUAGACAAGUUCAGUGAUGGGAAGCCACCGAGUUUUGCACUAGCCUCACGGUGCGCCGAGAUCAUAAUUGGCACACUCAAAGGCUCUACAUUCUUGUCAUUCAGACCAUCUGAGAUUGCUGCGGCCUCGGCCCUAGCAGCGGUUUCUGAGAAUCAGAUUGUUGGCUUUGCGAGUGUUCUUUCAGCAUCUGAAGUCCCUGUAAAUAAGGAGAUGAUUGCUAGAUGCUAUGAGCUGUUGCAAGAGCAGGCGCUGGUGAAGAAGAGAAGGAACAUCAAUGGAAGCCCUUCAGUGCCAGAAAGCCCGAUUGGUGUGCUGGAUGCAACAUGCUUCAGCUUUAGGAGUGAAGAUGCAACACUAGGAUCAUCACAAUCAAACAACAUCAGUAGUAGUAACAAUCUGAUUCUUUGCAUUGUUGUUUAG